UAAACAUUGGUUUCCUUGGAUAAAAGCAUGGCAAAUGAAAAUAUCCCUACAUAAUAUUGGUUUUCUCAUUUGAAAAUAAUGAAAAUUCUAAUAUAAGAAGCCACUAUUGUUCUGUCUUCUCUGUUCUUGUGGGAAAUGUUCUCUCUCCAGUUGAAUAAUGUGUUUCAAUAGCAGUGUCCAUGUUCUUAUAGAACCUGGCUCCUUGGCACAAACAUUUGGUUCAGGCAUGGGUAUCUAGCUAGACCAAUUAGCUGUCCUUCCCCAAGAAUUUUUAACUUGGGACUAGAGAUCAUCACCCUCAGUCUGAUAGUGAGGCUGAAGAUGUGACCUUGAGAGGUAUCUGUGGCCUUCUCUCCAGCCAUGUGGAGGAAGCUGGUCUGACAGCUUGAAGCUAAUGUGCUGAGAGCAGCAGAGUUUAGGGUUGGACACAGAGAGAGGGCCUCUGUUUCUAGUAGUCCCUGAGGCCUGGUGGACCACUACCCUUGUCACACUUUGUAUCAGGAGUACGUCCUCCUUCUUGCUCACCAGCUUAGUUGGCUUCUGGUCAAUGGCAACCUAGUGAAGUGUGACUGCCUUAUGUAUCUCAAAGAGCUGUUACGAUGAUCAGUGUACAUAGCAGUGACUCAACAAAUGUUGGCUUAUUAUUCUUACAUUUAACCUCCAAAGGCUGACUGAGAAAGAAUGGGGCAAUCUCAAUUCUAGAAGUAGUUUUCUUUUGAGCAUCACUAAGGAAGACAACUGAAGGCAGAAGGCUGGAGCUCUCCUCUCACACCACACACGUGCACACACAUACACACACACACACACAUAUCCUCUACUCAUAACCCAGUUUUGCUGCCCUGAGUUUCACACACCUGCCCCAAAACACUACUAGUACUUCAUUCGGCAUAAUCUCAGUCUGUCUCUCAGCAUCCUUCCCCCUUAUGCUAUACAACAUUUUAGACUGGGUCUGAUGGUCCUGAACUGUGCUCUAGUCUAAGCUGGGUGAUAUAGGUGCUCAACACAGGCCUUACAACGGGUGUAAGCUCAUGGGGGAGAGGGGUGAGCUCAUGUCUGGGUUGUGGUCUGGGAAUGACCCUCCUUCAAAUUCAGCUUCUUAGGAGACAGUGUAAAAACAUUUUUAAGUUAAGUUUUAAAUAUGCUUAGUUCUUUAGGUCAGUCCUUGAAAUCAGUGGGUCUCCAGGAUUGUGUCAAGAAUUUGCUUUCCUGCCCUGGGCAACCCAAGUGACUGUUAAAUCAGUGACAUUACUCUUCAAGGGCUGCUCUCUCUGGAGGACUCCAUUUCAUUAUUUUUAUAAGCCCCACUUUGAUUGAUGAGGCUUGAGGGAGGAGGUUCCUAAUUCCUUCAUUCACACAGAUUGGAAGAGAUUGCUGGCAUUCUUGCAUCUAUUUUUGUAAGCCAUCUGGGUAUUGUCUAAAAUAUUCUUUGGGGUUAGAGACAUCUUUGCUUCUACUCAGGCAAUUUUAAGGUGAGGUCUUUUCUCAUCUGACGUUUCUAAAUAGUUCUCCAAUUAGAGAAGGGUUAUGACAAGAGGGGAAAGGUAGAGUGGUGAUGGAGGCAGAGCUCGGCCUUUCGUGGGCGGAAACAGUUCUCCAGCCAGGUAGGCGUCCUUAACUCACGUUAUCAACCCCUGUCCGCAACUGAACGGUUUCCCCUAUUGACGCAGUGCUUCCAACUGCGUCCAGCUGGAGGGAUUUUGGUGGUUAGUGUUUGUCUUCCUACAUUUCAGUGAUGUUUCAGUACUUCCUCAAAAUGUGCCUCAGAACUACCCGGAGGACGAACAAAAGGCACAUUCCUGGGCCCGCUCCAGACGCUCGGCACCAGCACCGUCGCGCGGGGCGCAGAACUCGUACUUUCCCAGCGCUCAGCGAUUCUUGGGCACCCGGAGCAGGGCCGGCCUGCGCUCUCCGCUUCGGGCAGGCGCUCGCUCACGCUGCUCACCCGGCUCGGAGCUGCCGCAGGGACAGCACCUGCUCAGGCGGCAGGCCGCUGGCCGCUGAGGUUCCGCACGCAGGGCCGGGGACCGACAGCAGCCCAAGACCCGCGUCCCCGCCGGCAGAAGUGACGGCACCAGGCGCUCCCGCCCCUUCCGCUCCCGCCCGCUCAGGCUCCAGCUCCGCGCUGCCGCUCCUCCCCCUCGCGUGCUCCGUCAGCCACCCUCUCUUCCCUCCCCGUCUCCUUCCUGUCCUGCAGCUGAGCUCACGCACCUGUCCGGCCCUGCUUCGCUUCCGCCUCACUCCUUCCCCUUCCGCCCGGCUCCGCCCCCUCCGGAAGACACCGGCCUCAGCCUCCGGAGCCUCGCGGCUCCGUCACCGCCGCGUCCCCCAGACAAGAUGGACACCGCCCUGGAAGGAUGCCAGUGCUUCCUGUGGGGCCAGGUAUGCGGGCUCCAUGGUGGCUGAUCUGCAUGACACACUGGUCUGCGGAGAGAUCUUCCUGUACCCAACCAACCAGAAAAAUCCUAAGGGCAAGCUUGCAGAGGUUGCCUGUGAGAACCAGAGGAGGAGCACAGCCUGAUUCCACUUCGGCCAAGACCCCUUAGCCUGGCAGGAUCUGGAGCCAGCACUGAUUCCUGAGAUGGGGCUGGGGCUGCAAGAUGAAAGGCCACCCGCAGGCCUGCCUUUGCAUGUACCUCUCCAGACACACAGCCAUCAUGGAGCUUUCCAGAGAAGCUCAGGCCAGGAGCCUGGCAUACACCUUCUCAGCCUGCCUGGCAGAGCCAUUCCUCCAAAGAAGGGGGAGCAAAAAUCUGCCUCUCAUCACAGCCCGGCCUUAUUUAAGUUUGAGUGGUCUCUGUAAUCACAACCAGUUGCCCAGCCAGCCCGGGUGGGGCUGCUGGAUAACCUUCUGACACCCACUGCCCAGAAUCCCAAAGCCCAGGGGGGACCAGCCCAGGAGGUCACUCUGGGGACGGGAGGCUGAGUCAAAGGUUGAUCUCCACAGAGACACUCCAGGCAGCCCUUUCAGGUGCUCAGGGAAGAGGAAAUAAGAGGGGAAGAUACAAAAUUAGAAAAAUGGUUUCCCAGCUGUCUGGAACAGCGGGUUCAUCUUUUGUUCUGCCUAGAGCACAUUAACACACACAGCAUCCCUGUGCCUAUUUUAUGCCCAGCACUCAGCACACCUCAUCGCACAUAGUCUUUAUAAUCGUAUGGGAAUUAACAUAACCAGUCUGGAAGCACCGCCCGCUCACUUGGCCAUUUGCUGUCCCUUAGAACCCAGCCACAGAGUGCAUCCGCCCUAGGUGGGAGGGGGAGGCAUGAGGACGAGGACCAGGAGGGGGCGCCACUGGGGGCGUCCCCGCGGCUGCCGCCUCCACACACUGAGAUAGCCACUUGGACCUGAGUCUGAACCUAGUGGAGACCCUGGAAUGUGUGUGUCAGAGGGGACCGUGUCUGCAUUUCAUUUCUCUCACCCUCCAGGGAACUGGGGACAGGAGGGGAGGUGACACCUAGGUCCCUGAGUGUGCCCAGACCUGUUUGAGUUGCACUCUGGGCUCCCCCAACCCCGCUAUGUUGUUCUGCCCUUGCUGAGUGUGUGCACCAGCCACAGGUGACAGACAGCAGGUGCUCCAGGAGUGUACAGGUCUGCACACCUGACAUCCUAGGAGCAUGUGACACAGUGAACCUCUGUGCAGAUGGGGACACUGGGGAGGCACUGAGAGACACAGGCCUUUUGUAAGGGCACAUGACAGUACAUGUAGAUACAGGGAGGAGCUGGGUUAGACUGCAGCUCUGUCUUCAAACUGGGGCCCUGGUGGUACCCAGGCUUUCCUGGACAGGGCCCGGGGUGGAGGGAAAGUGGCCAGCAUCCCAGCAGGAUCCUCGGGGAGGACUUAUCUGAGCAGGAAGCCCAGGAAAGGGGACUCCAGGAAGUGACCUCACUUCCCUGACCAUAGAGGUCAACAGAACUUGGGACCCAGGUAACCGCUCACCACAUUCUAAACACAGCCCAGUCCCCAGCUCACUUGGCUGGAGACGCAAGGACAUGACCAUGUUCUCAUGCUGCCUCCCGUUAUCCCAAAGCCGUGGCCCGAGGAGAGCCCCACCGUGAGGGUCUCAUCCAGUGCUUCAGGCACUGGGUCAGGGCUCAGCACAGACACCUCAGGCCAAGUGCCCAGAGGGUCCCAAAGGUAACAUGGGGCGGUCUGGUCAGGCCUCCACUCUGAUCCUCUUGGGGUAUCCUGGGUCUCCCCUCCGGUGUGAGUGUUUGUGUGUGUGUGUAGAUGGGGUUCCUGUGGGGUGUGCCACCCCGAGAAGGAGCGUUUGGUGAGGCUCACAAUCCACAGGGGCUGGUCCUGCCCACACUUCAGGUCAAGGCGGGGUGCGGGGAGGUCUUUCUGCUCAUGGUUUGUCCUGAGCCCUGGAGCCAUCUCAACCCACGGGUGUCUGUGUCUGUGUCUGAGGAAGACUGAGGACCUGGGGGACCUGCACCCCUGCUCCCCCCAUGAGAGGCCAGUGUGGCACAUCACAGAGGGCUCUCUGGAACCCGGUCCUGAAGAUGGCCAGGGAAGGCCACCCGCCCAGAGUCUGGCCCAAGUCUACAUGCAGCUGCACGUUGCCAGCUCUGACCCACUGCUCCAGGUUCAUCUCCACCCGAGUGGCCUGGAGGACUUGCAGUCCCUGGAGGCCUAGCCUGAGGGUGAGAAGACUGGGCUGGGUGUGUGAGAGGGCCUGGGAUGGAGGUGGGGGGGUGCUGGGUCCAUGGGGAGGAGGCCUAGAGGUUGCUCCCAGGCCAGGAGCAAAGGCAGGCCUCAGACCACGCCCUGGUGGAUGUAGCUGGGGAGAUAUCCCAUGUGGGCUCCUGGCCUGGGCUUCCCUGGAAGCCUCUGUUUGGAAAGGCACGUGCCGAGGCAGGCUUGGGGUGACCACUCAUCCUCUAACAGCUUUGGUCCCGUCUCAGGAUCCUGGUGCUGAACCUUCAGAGGAGCCGGUGUCCGUGCAGGUGCCACAGCAGCUCCAGAGCCUGAGGAAGGUCCACCUCCAGCCACAGGGCCCCCUCCACAGGCUGCUCUGGCACCUGGGCUGGCAUCUGGGGAGGCCCCUUUAGGGGCCCGGGAGCCGAUGCGGGACCCCGCUCCCCUGCAGGCUGGGCUGACCCCCGCUGCUGUUCUGGCACCUGCAUGGUGCCCAUGGCCCUGUUUUGAUCCUCUGACCCUGACCAGAAAGCUGGCUCUGGAACUCUCCCUGCUAGCAUCUCCCCAGCCACUCCGUCCACCUGAUCCCCUACCACAUCUUUCCUUUUCCUUCCGUGAGUGUUACUCUUUGGGUUAGUUUCAAUUUGCUCUUUCUGUUUUAUGUUUUCUAUCGUUUUGUUUCUUUUAGAUUUUAAUUAAAUAAAUUGAAAGUGGUGCUUUUUACCUUUUUGAACUUUAAGCAUCGCGGGCAUUCGGUACAGUCAGUGUGUGUGCAGCCAGCACCACCGUCCAGGCCAGAGCACUUCCUUCCCCAGAGAAAACCUCGUCCCAGGGCCCUCGUGCCCCAGAGUCCUCACCACUGCCCCCAGCAACCCCCAGUCUGCUUUCUGUCUCUGCUCCUUCCUCUUAGUCUGGAUGCUUCCCAUCAACGGAAUCAAGCAACUGGUGCCUUUUGUGUCUGCCCACAUGCUUUAUGAAGGGUCUGGCUGAUUUCUGUUUAAUAUUUGAAGUAGCACUUUUCUUACUGGAAUGGGACAUCCAGAUGAGUUAAAGGUUAAGGGCCUAAAAUGAAGACCUCUUAGUAAAUACGUGCCCAAUCUGUUGGUAGACUCCUGGUCUAAGUGUGACACCAGAGCUAGAAGCCAAAGGGCAAAGUCUGGCUCUUCCUGUGGCCAAAACAAUAACAAGAAAAAUGUAGAAAGCUGGAAAGACAAAUCACAAAGUGCAAAAGUCAUUCCCCAACCCAAGCGCAGGGACACGUGUGACAUCCCAGCGGCCCACUGACUCCCAAAAGCCAAUGUUGUGAAAAGGGACAAAGGGCAACCCAGGCAAUUCCAAAUGAGAGGCAAGGAGCACUGGGAGUGUGUGGCACGAUGAGAACAUGCAAAUGUACACACUGUGGAGAUGGCCCUGGUCCCCAGCAGACUGUAGGCUUUCUAGUCUGGUGACCACCAGCCCUGGUGCCGGUGUGAGCAAGCGGAGGCCGCAGGGGCCCUAAAGAGACGUCCUGGCCCUGCAGGAGGGAGAGCCUGACCCCAGGGCUCAGAGGGCCUCCAGUGUCCAAGGUCAUGCCCCCUGAGCUCAGAGGGCGCUGAAGCCUGAGAGGGUACAGAGGCCAGGGAAGCCAGGUCCCCCACCCCAGGAGGCUGCAUGUGGAACGGUGGUUAGAAGUGAUCCGGCGUCAGGCAGAUGGGGGGUCCUAGACCCAGCUCACCCUCUCUCUGGCUGGUCACCCCAGGACAUCUUUAUGCCAACAGAUUCCCCACCUGUGAAAUGAACCGAUCACUGGGUCUCCCUUGUUGGCUGUUGGAAGACUUACCUGAGAAAGACUGUCUGGUGCCUGGGGGACAUAAAGAGCCACGUGCCAGCUGGUGACAGCAGGCCUGCAGGGCAGGGUCUGUGCUCCCUGUUUAGGAGCCCCUGCUGCUGCCCUGCUCCCAGGAAUGCUCAGGGACAUUCCAGGACAGGGGAAGAGGGUCCGGGUCCAAGGUGAUAGCAGGCCCACGGGGAGGAGGCUCAGCACAGGAUGGACAGCGGGACACACUCUGGUCCACCAUCCAGGGCCUGUGCUGUGACACCCUCUGACCCCACCCCAAAUAUAGAGGCCUCUUGGAUGGACUCUGGUAUCUGGGGCUCCGUGCUCUUAGUCACACUCAGCAGACACUGCCCCCUGAGGUACAUGGAGCACAGCAGCUUCAUGCUGGAGAGGCACAACCUGCCACCUCCCUGCCCACGGGAUGCCUGCGGUCACAGUGUGACGGGAAAGGGGUGGUCCACGGGGUCAGCAGGGCUGGUGAGCCCUGAGAAUCCACACCUGAAAACAUGGCCAUUCUCUACAAGAAUGACAGAGGACAUGCCCACUUGGCAUCAUCUAGAAUACAAAGUAACCAGAAGUUAUGAAAAGGAAAUGUGCCCUGUGUUUAACAAAAUGUGGGUGAUAAUAGCAGGCAUACACUGAUUCCUAGAACCAGCACAAAGUCCAGAGCUGGCUGGUCUCGGGAUACAAACGUUCUGACCAAGGGGAGCAUUUCAGCAAACAACUUUUAGGGCCUCAGGACUUGGCCAAGGGCACUGGGAUGCUCUGACACUGAACUCUUUCUCCUUGGAAGCCUCUGUCCUCUCAUCCUCUUCCUCUACUCAGGGGCCACCCUGCCGGGCUGCAGGCACAUCCAUGUCCUCUGCAUAUGCUGGCCACCUCCUACCCUCAGCCCUGGGAGCUCCUGUUCCUCCUGCAGGGUUUGUGGGCUCCCUUUGCAUCAUUGGGCACCUUUCUGUGCAGCAUUCUGCAUCUUCCUGGGCCACGUCUCCCCUGAUGACCACGAGGCAGGGCUUCCGUCCCCAUCCUCCAGUGGCGACACUCAGGUCCGGAAGGCUGGAUGAUCUGUGCAGUCACAGCCACGGUGUACCUCCACAGACGCUGGGUCCCCGCAGCAGGAGAGGAGUUGGGGCAGUUGGAGACAAGUGGUAUGCUUGCAACAGAUCCCAGGA